GCAGCCGACUGCACGAAUGCGAAUGAGAUAACCAUCAAUAAAACUACAUUACUCUUAUGCAAAAUGGCUUUAUUCGCGAGAAACAUCUGCAAAGCGCUCUCUCAGGCCACUCAAAAGAACACAGUCAGGACGUUGUACAUAGGAACAGUGCGGCAACAAGAAUCAACAGUCGAGCAAGAAGGAAAGUUAAAAUGUACUCUAAUACCCGGAGAUGGUGUUGGACCAGAACUGGUGGUUGCAGUUCAGAAUGUAUUCAAAGCUGCAGAUGUCCCGGUUGACUUUGAACCUUAUUUCCUGUCUGAAGUAAAUCCAACUCUCAGCGCUCCUCUGGAUCAGGUCUCCAACAGUAUUGCCAGGAAUCGAGUUUGUUUAAAGGGUAUCUUAGCUACACCGGAUCACUCACACACGGGAGAAUUGCAGACUCUGAACAUGAAAUUACGCAAGAGCUUGGAUCUGUAUUCCAACGUGGUGCACGUUAAGUCUCUGCCGGGUGUCAGGUCGCGCCAUCAAAACGUAGACUGUGUGAUCAUCAGAGAACAAACGGAAGGGGAGUAUUCCGCGUUGGAGCAUGAGUCUGUCAAGGGUGUGGUUGAAUGCCUGAAAAUCGUAACUGCUGCCAAGAGCCAAAGAAUCGCGAAAUUCGCUUUCGAUUAUGCGGUGAAGAAUAACCGCAAGAAGGUCACGUGUGUUCACAAAGCCAACAUAAUGAAGCUAGGCGACGGACUUUUUCUCAAGUCGUGCCAAGAGAUCGCCAAGAUGUAUCCUAGGAUCACGUUUGAAACGAUGAUCGUCGACAAUUGCACUAUGCAGAUGGUCUCGAAUCCGCACCAGUUCGACGUUAUGGUAAUGCCAAACCUGUAUGGCAACAUCGUAGAUAAUCUUGCAUCCGGCUUGGUCGGCGGCGCCGGAGUUGUCGCAGGCGCCAGUUACAGCGCCGAAUGUGUCGUCUUCGAACCGGGUGCAAGGCACACGUAUUCCGAGGCGGUGGGCAAAAAUGUCGCGAAUCCAACGGCGAUGUUUCUGUGCGCUGUGAAGCUACUCAAUCAUGUGAAUCUUAAACAUUACGGCGAGCAGAUCCGGGAGGCGUUGAAUCGCGUGUUGAACGAUGGGAAGGUGCUCACGAAGGAUUUGGGCGGGCAAAGCUCGACGACGGAAUUCACCGCCGCCGUAAUAAACAGCCUGCGUUAACGAUAAGGCAUCUUACCGUGCAAUAUAUAGGGACGGGUCCUACCGUCUGAUCUAACCGUUUAAACUCUUCCCGACAUAUCGUUCGUUCGGAUUAUUUUCAAGUAACAUCGAUGAAUUUUCUCUCGUAGUGCUACACCCGUUAUAGGGUAUACCUAAUUUGAAUUGCAUUGUAAGUUCAUGAAGAAAUGUAAUCCUAGGAAUUCAUUGUAGCCCCGUAAUCUCUUACAACGAUGACAUUGUACGCUCUGUAAAUGAAGGAGGGAAAAAUAUCACCGGUCGCAGUAUACGGAGUGCAUGAAUUAGUUGUUUAAUAGCGUGAUAUUGCGCUGUGCUGUGCGCGAAACAUGUAUAUAUAAUAAACUGCACUACCUCGUA